AUCUUGUUUCUCUCCCUUGCACGGUAGCAGCUGCCAGCGCUUGCCCCACCAGCACCAAGCCCUCACCGAACCCCUUCCUCCCCGUUUCGCCUCCUCCGCCCAAAUCCCCAAAUCGCCGCCUCCGAUCCGCCGCCGUCCUCGAUCCGCCGCUGCCGUUGACCCGCCCAGAAUGGCCUCCGGGCCGCCCUCGCCGUCCAGCAAACCCUACUCUCGCAAAUCCCACGCCAGCUCCAAGGCUCCCAGCGUCCCCUCCUUCGACUCCCACAGCAACGGCCCGCUCCUCCCCACCGUCACCUUCUCGCUGCCCUCCACGCUGGCCACCCGCCGGGAGCUCCGCCGCCGCCUCUCUGCCGAGCUCGCCCAGGUGCGCGCCGCCUCCAAGCGCCUCAGCUCCCUCCCGGCUCCCGCCCCCUCCUCCGCUCUCUCCGCCACCGACCCCUCCACGCCGCUCCCGCCGCACCCGCCGGCGUCCAAGCACAAGUCCAAGAAGGGCGGGGGAGCCCCGCACCCGCACCUCUCGGCGGAGGCGCGGCGCAAGCUCUACGCGCCCGUGUUCAAGACCUGCGCCGCGGUGCUUGCCAGGCUCAUGAAGCACAAGCACAGCUGGGUGUUCAACAAGCCGGUAGAUGCGAGUGCGCUUGGCCUGCACGACUACCAUACCAUCAUCACCAAGCCCAUGGACCUCGGCACUGUCAAGUCAAAGCUAGCGGCAGGACAGUACAAGUCACCACGGGAGUUCGCCGGGGAUGUGCGUCUAACGUUCCAGAAUGCCAUGACGUACAACCCCAAGGGGCAGGACGUGCACUUCAUGGCCGAGCAGCUGCUGAACAUGUUUGAGGAGAAGUGGCCGGAGAUUGAAGCUGAGGUAGCGCAGCUAUCACCACAGCCUCCUACACCGUCCUCGGCUGCACCCAGAAAACCAAAGGAGAUAGAUAAUUCUAGGGUGUUAGAGAGGUCGGAUUCGACCGUCCAUGCUGCUGGGAUGGAGGCCACACCGAAGCCACACACUGGCAGGCCACCUGUUUUAAAGAAGCCCAAGGCAAGGGAGCCAAAUAAGAGGGAUAUGACCUUCUGGGAGAAGCAGCGGCUUAGCAAUAACCUCCAGGAUUUGCCACCAGAGAAGCUAGACAAUGUUGUUCAGAUCAUAAAGAAGAGGAACCUGUCACUCAGCCAGCAUGAUGAUGAGAUUGAGGUUGAUAUCGAUAGCUUUGAUGUUGAAACAUUAUGGGAGCUUGAUAGAUUUGUGACAAACUAUAAGAAGAGUAUAACUAAGAAUAAGCGGAAGGCUGAGCUUUCUGCAGUAAGGCCAGAUGAGGCUGAGGCUGAGGCUGAGCCUGAUCAGGAGCUGGAGAAGAUAGAGCAUGUGAGGCAGGAUGAGGCAGAUCAGGAUCAGAUUCCUGCAGUACAAGAACCGAUUCCAGAACCAGAAGCAGUUGAUGUUGAACCACAACCACCUAAGGAAAAUGCAGCAGAUGACAAUGAGAGAUACGUGGGUGAAUCAUCACCGGGUCAUUUGGAAGAUCAGAAGGGAGAGACUGCUGGUAGAUCAAGUAGUUCUGGAAGCUCUAGUAGUGACUCGGGCUCGUCCUCUAGUGAUACGGACACAGAUAGUUCAUCAGCAGAUGGCUCUGAUGCACCACAGUCACCCAGAACGUAGCAUCAAUAGCCCAGGUGUUGAUUUGAGACUGGAAAGGCCAUAACUCCUUAGUUCACCAAUGAUUCUAGCGUGAAAUUGUCGGCGAGAUUGUUGUAAAUUUUGGUUAUGUAGGGACCCUAACCAGUGCCAUCUGCCAUGCUGUUGUUGUUUUGGUCUCAGAAGUGGUUGCGUGGGAUAGCUCAUGCCCAAUUCAUCUGCAACACUAUUUGCAGUCAUGUACUUAUUGUAGAGUGCUGCGUUUCUCUAGUCGUCAAGCUGGAAGUUACCUCACAUUGGAUAGGAAGAAACCUGCAAACUGGGGGCAGUAAAACAAGCGGUGGGGUGAAGACCAGGAACCUGGAGGCCUCGCCCUGUUGUAAGAUUGUACAAUUGUUAUAGUUGUGUAAUUUCUGUUGGUGUUUGCAUUAGCAUUGAUCAUUUUUUUUGUC